AUGCUCCUACUCCUAUACCUGACCACCACGAUUCCAUGGGUUUCAUCUUCCGGACCUAAACGGCGUUCGGCCGAGGAGAAACCUCCGAACAUUCUAUUUAUUAUGGCUGACGACCUGGGUUACAACGAUCUCGACUGGAAAGAUGACACGUUCGUUUUUUUUCUUUCUUACACUUUUGAUGAUCCUUUUGUGGUUCUCCUCUUCCGUGUUGGUUUUUUUUUUGAGAGGGAAUGGACUUCCGUUGAGGACAGCAAAGGAAAAAAAGGGAGUUUUCAUAGAAAAUCCAGUGAAAUUUUACAGAAAGGACUAUUAGGUUUAUAGUCUUCUUUGGAUUUUUUUUUCUUUUCACCAGCUCAGAAAAAAGAACCUGCAGACAUUGUUGCCGAAACGAGAUCGGGAAUCAAAUUUUCCCCUGGUUUUGUUAAUAAGUACAAAAUUCCAGUCUCCACACUCCAAACCUUCGAGAAUUGGCGUUCAGCGAAAACACGGCAAUUCUAACCAACUCGUAUGUCAACCAGUUAUGUACACCGUUAGUUUAAAGUUUAUUUGCCUUGAAAUGACUCUCGCUUUUUUUUUCCAGGACGAGAAGCGCCUUCAUGACGGGUUAUUAUCCGUUCCGAGUUGGGACACAAGUAAUCACAAAAAACCAGAAAUUUCUCAGAACAUUUUCAGAACGGUGUGUUUUUGCACAUGGAGCCCUCAGGAGUGCCGGAAAUGUUCCCGUUUCUACCCGAAAAUCUCCGUGGCCUCGACUAUUCAACUUACCUCAUCGGCAAAUGGCAUUUAGGAUAUUGUAGGAAAGAGUAUCUGCCCACGAGCCGCGGCUUCGAUUACUUUUACGGGUUUUAUGGCCCUCAAACUGGCUAUUUCAAUCACAGCGCUGGUGAGACUUUUCUCCUAAUUUUAUUGCUUUUAAUAGCCCAAGUUGAGUCUUUUUGGGGGUUGAAAACAAACAAUGAGAGAUAAAAAAUAUUUCGAAGUUACUGAAAUUUUUAUCAGCUCAUCAUUUGAUAAGGGCCAGAUCAUUCAUAACCGAUUGAUAAGGCUUUCCGAAACCAGGAGAAGAAAUCUAACAAAGAAUCGUAAAAAAUAAUGGGCUCCUGAAACUAGACAAACUCCAGCAACAGCAGAAAAUGCUCUGGUUGCAGGUGAAUAAGCGAAAUUUUCUAAACAUGCUAAUUUCGUGAUGGAAAAGAUUCAAUUAAAAAUGAAAGACUUCCCAAAAAUCAAAAAAAUUUUAAAUACUCCACUGCAGAUGCGCGCAAGCCGUUUUUGUAGUCUGUUGCACUUUCCUAGAAAUCAUUGAGCCAUUUGCGUGUGAGCAGCAGAUUUGAAGUGAUUUUUCAUUUUUCAACUGCUCUUGCAGUUUUCUGAGACUUUUCUGAGACUAUUAGAAAAGUUUGAUUUUCCCCAUAAUAAAGGAAGAUGAGUUAGAAAUUUUCAGACCAGUACCACCGGGAUUUGAAAAGAGUAGUGAAAGGAAUGGACCUUUUCGAAGAAUCUGGCGACGGCAACAGCAUUCCUGACUUCAAUCAGAAAGGAGUUUAUUCCACGGUAACUCUUUACCGACUAUAUUCUCUUUUCGAAGGCCUUUUUCCAUCCUGGACUGAAUUUCUAGCUAAGUCUAGAGUUAUUCGAAUUUCAGAGAGCAAACUCUUUUUACCCCGACUUAAAAUCGAAGAAACUAUAAUAAAGCUUGGACUGCUUCGGAUCAGAAACAGUUUUGCUUUUUUUUCUAAGUUUCCAGAAAAAUCUUCAGUUUUUUGUCCAAGAAAAAAGUUAAGUUUUCAUGAUCAUUUUUCAAGAAAAAUUUUAAAAAAAAUUCCAGAGCAAAAGCUGACUCAUUAUUAUUAACAUACCAUUUUUUCAGGACUUGUUCACCGAAGUUUCAAUGAGUGUUCUUGACAACCACAACACGUCAAAGCCCUUCUUCAUGUUUCUGUCAUAUCAAGCCGUUCAUCCUCCGCUUCAGGUUAUUUUUAGAUAUUUGAUUAUGUAAUUGAAAUGACGGAAUGUUCCGAAAUGCUCAUUUUCGAGAGCUUCUGGGGAAACAAUGAUUUUUUUCAGGUACCGAAGUCUUACGACAAGUACUGCUCACGGGUCAAGUCACGUUAUCGGCGGAUUUACUGCGGUUUUUAAAAUCCUUUUUUAAAUAGGGAAAGUAAUUAGUUAAAGAUUUUUGAUUUGAUAAUAGGAAGGGAAAGCUUGCUGUCUUUAGCGUUAUUGACAUAAAUUUUUUUGUUAACUCAUCAGCGUUUUCUUAAAUCCAUCAAUUCCCUAUUUUUUUCAAUGACUUUUUCAUAAAUUAAAGUUGAUAGCUGGUUUUUUUAUUCUGAAACAAAGUUUACGAAUAGUAUUUAUGUAUGGUGUUGAGCCUCUUUUCUCAAAACCAGUACAGUUUUCAUCAUUGUACAACAAAAAUAUUUUGGUUCAGCUCCAAAAAUGGCGUUACAUCGAUAUCACAAAAAAAACUCAGGUAUGCUCACGGCGAUGGAUUUCGCGAUAGCCAUGUUGAUCGACUACCUCAAGUCAGCCAAUCUCUAUGAAAACACUGUGAUCGUGUUCACAAGCGACGUAAGGUAGACCGGAGAGUUGGCAGAUUCUAUCGGCUUGUGUGGUUUUCAGAAUGGCGGCACUGUAGACUUUGGAGCUUCGAACGCACCUUUGAGAGGCGAGAAAGACACAAUUUGGGAAGGUGGGACCAAAACGACGACUUUGGUUCACUCGCCCAGGUACAUCAAGAAAGGUGGCGAGCGGAAAAUGUGAGUUUUACGUAAUUAUUUCUUCGGGUAGCUUUUUCAGAAAAUCGUUUCGUCUUCAAAAAGACCUUAAGCCUGUUAUUCCAUGAAGCUCAUGAGAUAAAGUUACCUUUCUUGGUGAUAAAGGUCACAUUGACAUUAAAAAAAAUUUUGCGCAUUUUUGUGAGCUUCUCGUAACUAUAAAAAUCAUCGAUUUUGCGCAUCCUCAAAAAAUGGUUAAUUUUUUUGAGGCCACUCCAUCCUCAAAAUCACUAAAUUUGAUUUUCAAGCAUUUUUAAAAGUAAAAAAAAAACGUUUCAGGUUGUUCCACGUAGUCGAUUGGCACGCGACACUUCUGGGAGUUGCUGGAUUGAACGUUGAUUCUUACGGUUUUUCAAAAAGUUUCAUCGUUUUAAAAAUUAUUGAUAUUGAGGUGAUGGUAUAAACCAAUGGGACUACAUUUCCACUGGAAAAGCCAGACAAAGACGGUUUCAGUUCGUAUACAAUCUUGAUGUUCAUGGUUCUGCUAUACGGUUAACUUUUUAAAAUUGAAAAGCAGAAUCAAAAAGUCGAUUCAGGGACGGCGAUUUCAAACUGAUACUAGGAAAUCCGGAUCGAAAAACCAAAAGCGACCGUAAUAAAGUUCGACUUUAUAGAAUUACAGGUAAAAAAAAAUCCUCUUAAUUUACCUUUUUUGGUUUUUGAAGGCGGUUGGGGUGCUGAUAAUGAUGUUUCGUAAAAAAUCUGAAAAGUAUUUCCUGUAUUACUAACAGCUCUACAAAGUUUCUAAAUAUGGUAUAAAAGGAAAACAAACGCUAUUUCCGAUGAACUUAAAAACAGGGAAAAUGAUUGGUAGCACAACUUUUACUGAGAUUUCCAUCAUUAAAAAAACAGUAAUUUUACGAAUUAAAAGUUAUAACCCAUUCUCAAAAUGUUCAAAGUUGAUUUGAAUGAGAAAAAUGAACGAUUUUCUGCAAAAUGCCGUUUGAAAGCCCACGAAAAAUCUGACAAAUUAAUAACAAAAAAACUUUGCGUCUCCUUCAAAUUAUGUGUAAGUAAAUUCAUUUUACAGUUGACCCAACUGAAUCAAAAGAUCUCUCGAAAUCGAACCCCAUCGUCGUCAGAAGGUUCAACCUGUUCAAAAAUUAUUACCCAACUUGAAAAUGUCUUUAGGUUGCUCAGUAAAAUCAACGAGCUGAAGAAAUACAUGCACAAGAACGUUCGAAAGCCGCUGAGCUUGUCAGGAAGCCCGGAGAACUUCAACGGAACAUAUUCCAGUUAUUGGUGCCAGUGA